GUUAGAUGUCAACACUAUUUUGACUUCUCAUUCUACUGUUUUAGCGUAAGUUUUGACUGAAAGUCUGACGUUUACACUGCAAGCUGGAUGUGAAAAUGAAUCCUAGGGAUCCCCAAAAGAUCAUUCUGGACAGCACAUGCACCGUCUCUCUGCAUGACCGUUUCACUAGUUUGCUGAAGCUUCAGCCAGCAGAUGUGAUGGACACCACCUCCGCAGUGAAACUGCAGACUGCAGCCUCGCUGAAGAACCAGCAGCUGGCUCUGGAGAUGGCCAACAGACCUUCUGUGCUGGCCGCCCUGCAUAAUGUAUCUAAUAUAAAUAAUCAACUCUGCAAAGUGAGUGCGAAGGCAAGGCUCGGCCAUCCCUUGGGGAGAGGGUGCAUGGUGGGAUUGCGGGGGCAAAUGAGAGGAGGAGGAGGAGGAGGCGGCGGCAGAAGAGGACUGGUCAAAGGAUUUUACACAAGGAGAAGCAUGAGUAGACAGCAAGGUGUAGUCAACACUCUAGGUGUUCAGAGGGGUUGUGGCCAGCAGCAGCAGCAGCGUGGAGCCAUAAUUAAUUUGACUGGAGUAAUGAGAACCAGAGGAGGAGGAGCCAUUAGAAGGACAGAAGGAAAUGCAGAGCAGCAGGUGCCACAUCCAGGAACACCACAAGGUGUUGUCAGUUUGACAUCUAUCAGAGGGCAUUCAGGGUGCAGCCGGACCAGAUUCAACAUCCAUCAGGUUCCUUCUCGGGAACUGUUGGAUGAACAACUGGAUGAGUACAUGUCCAUGUCCAAGAGCCGUCUGGACGCAGAGCUGGAUGCAUAUAUGGCUCAGGUUGAUUUGGAGGACAUGGCUUGAUGACCUGAGACCAAGGUUAAGUUGAUUGACUCCAGUAGACCUGAACUUGUACUUAGUUGCUGCGUCCCUCUGAGCUCUGCUUAGAAACCCCUGACUUCAAGUUUGUUACUCUAAUUCAACAAUCAUUAUAUUUCCUGUAGUCCUACUGAGCAAGAAAGAAUUGAAAGCUUUCCAAGGGCUUGUGCUGCUUUCUAGAAAAUCUUGUUUCCGAGAAAAUCGUUUCAAUAACAUUUGAUUUGGUAACCAGUUCCAUUGAAUACUUGCAUUGAAUGGACAUGAUUCACCUCAGUUAAAACUUUGCUAGUUAAUAUUUUAUACGCGGUUUGUAAUGAGAGAAACAAAUUUGUUUAAUAGCCGACAUCCAUUUUUCCAUUUUGGUUGUAAACUGUAUCAAGAUUCAUAUGAGACAAUUACUAUGAUAGACUUAUUUGAGUUAUAACUGGUCUGAAGGAGAUGCAUGUCAGCCAUCUUUUGUUUUUCACAAGGUUUUGUAUCAUUACAAUUUGAUCACCAUAUGCAAAAUUGUACACGUAUAGAUAUGUAAUAUUGGAUAAUGUUUGUUGCAGGUGGUGAUUAAAAAGAGAAAAGUUAACGUGGAACUGUUU